CUAUCGUGUUCGCCAUGCUGCUUCCUGCUAAAUUAUAUCUUACACGCCUUCCGAUUGGUCGGUGCAUAAACUUUUGACCAAUCCGGUGAGAUUUGACAAACUACAAGAAUUCUGUCUGUGUGUCUCAAUUUUACUUCCUGAAACUAUUUUGGAGAAAUCUACAUGAAGAAUUCUUCAUAAAAUCGUGUCUAUGUUGCUGUUAUCCUUCCCAAAUUAACCAUGCUGAAGAAGGAUUGGAAGAAGAAUCUGUUACGCGUGAAACAAAUCGCUGAUCAGAAAGUUGGAUGGGCAGAGAAAUCCACUGUGCUGAGUGAUGACCUUGUUAGCCUUGAGAAGAGGGUCGAUCUCAUAAAGCAAGUCUGCCAAAACUUCACCAAGAAGGUCCAAGGAUGUAUACAGGGACAGGGUCAGGAUGUAGAGAAAAGACUGAAAAAGAUUCCAGAGAUGCAACUGUCCCACAAUAUGAUAGAGUCGUCUUCAUUAGUUGGACCAGAUUCACUAAUGGGUCCUAUCUUAGAACUUGGAGGAAAGGCAGAGGGCAGUUUGGGAAGAGAAUGCCUCCAGUUUGAGAUGGAAAUAGAAGAAUUUGUGUUGGUGCCCUUACAGUCCUUGUUAGAGAAUGACAUUCCUCAAAUCAACAGACUACGCAAACAGCUCAGCAAACUGACUCUAGACAUGGACUCUGCAAGGGGAAGGUACCAAGGGGCCCAGCGUCAGUCUGUAGCGGCAGACAGUAAAUCACAGGCAUCUGCUGCAGCAAAAGCAGAUAACAUCAAAGAUGAAGUUGAAGAUGCAACAACUAGAGUUGAGCAAUGCAGAGAUGCCCUUGCCACAGAAAUGUAUCACUUUGUGUCCAAAGAGAAGGAAUAUUGUAAAAGACUGGUAAAGUUAGUAGAAGUCCAGGCUGAAUAUUACCGUAAAGCGCUGCAGUCCCUUGAAGAUAUACUGCCAGAAAUGAACUCACAUAUAGACCACUACGAACACAUCCCUGUAUAUGGGGUACCCAUUGAGGAACACUUGGCUGUUUCUAACAGAGAAGUAGCUUAUGUACUGGAAGAAUGUGUUUGUACUCUAUUGGAGAUAGGAAUGGAGGAAGAGGGUCUGUUUAGGAUAGCUGGUGGAGCAUCUAAAGUGAAAAAAUUAAAAGCAGCAUUUGAUGCUGGUAUGGUAGACAUGGGCGAGUAUAUACAUGAUGUCCACUCUAUAGCAGGUUCACUGAAGCAAUAUCUUCGUGAACUCCCGGAACCUCUAAUGACCUAUGACCUUUAUGGUGAAUGGAUGCAGGCAGCAUCAUUAUCAAAUGAACAGAGAUUACAAGCCCUAUGGGUAGUAGCUAAUAAAUUACCAGCAACUAACUACAACAAUCUAAGAUAUCUUAUAAAAUUUUUGUCAAGACUGUCUGAAAAUUCUGAUGUGAAUAAAAUGACGCCAAGUAAUAUUUCUAUUGUGAUUGGUCCAAAUCUGAUGUGGGCGAGGGACCAAGAUGGGCCAAACAUUCGCACCACUGGAUCCAUGAGUGCCAUAAUUGAGUCUUUCAUUCAACAUGCAGAUUGGUUCUUCCCUGGGGAGAUCGAUUUCGGAGGAGCUACAACCCCCGGCCCCAGUACCCCUUCUAGUCAGCAUAGUCCAGCGGAGCAACGUACCGAUACAGGGAGUGUUCAAACUACACAUAACAGCGGUGCAGGGAGUGGACAUAGCCCACAGAAUAGCCUAACUGUGCAUUCUCCCCAGCUUUUACAAACCGGUGCAUCGCCAAGCCCAAAGCAACAACGUAAAUCUUCCAAGUUGAAACCUGCCCCCCUUCCCCCAGUAGAUAGGACAACACAACCAGAAAGACCCCCUAUAGCAAAGACACUUUCCCAUGAGCCGCCAUGCACAGAGGGACUCCUUAUAGGGAACUUAAAUCCAGUAGAAAGAUCAAAGUCUGAUGUGAGCCACUCUGAGUCUCCACUCAUAGACAUUAGUGACACUCCACAAGUUCAAGUGGCGUCACCUCAUGAGGGACCUCCAGACAGACCUCCGAUACCAAAUCGGCCAUCAUUAUCAGAAAAACCACACAUGCAUGUGCAGCCACCAGAACGGCCAUUAGGGCGUCCCCCAGUUCCCACACAAGCACAUGUACCCCACCCUGAGAGACCUUUAGGCCCACCCCCAGAUAAACCAUCAUCCCCACCCUCUUUAGGUACCCCAGAGGGUGAUAAACCACUUCCUGUACCACCCCCUCCUGCCAGGAAAAGUAGUCAUAAACCUAAUAAACCCCCUCCUCCACCCCCUGGGAAAAUAUGCAAUGAUGAUGAAAUAACAAGUUUAUAGAGU